AUGAAUCAUUAUCAUUUUCUCUUACUACUACUCGUAAUUUCAAUAUGUAUAAAUAACUCUACAUCAACAACAACAACGUCAUCAUGCCCAUGUUCUGAUGAAUCACUUUGUGCACCAUUAAACAUUGUAUUACCUAGACAAGAGUUUUUAGGGUAUUCACUAUACAACGAUUCAUUUGAAUCGUAUGAUUGGGAUGUAGUAACGACUAUAGCUAUCUUUUAUACACCUGUACCCCCAGAACUAUUGUGCUUGGCUCAUUCUAAAGGUGUUAGAUUAGUUUAUGGUGCUGAAUAUCCAAUCAGUCAACUAGGUAAUCAAACGCAUCAAGAUCAAUGGAUUCAAGAUCAACUGCAAUUGGUUCAAUCUACCUAUUUCGACGGUCUAAACUUUGACAUUGAAAGUCCCAUAUGGUCCAAUCAAUCAACUACAAGUGCUCUAUUAACAGGUCUAGUUGCUCAAACAAACUUUGUAUUCAAGAAUUCUUUCCCUUUUUAUCAAAUUUCAGUUGAUGUAGCAUGGUCACCAAAUUGUAUUGAUGGUAGAUGUUAUGAUUACUAUGGGUUGGCACAGGCAAGUGAUUAUUUGGCAGUCAUGUCUUAUGAUAUGCGCAGUCAGGUGUUUAAUACAGAGGAGUGUACAGCUAGUGCAAACUCACCUUAUAUGUUGGUGUUGGAGGGACUGUUGAAUUACACUGCUUUGGGAAUCCCAAGUGACAAGUUGGUGUUGGGGUUACCGUGGUACGGAUACAUUUACCCUUGUAUCAAUGAGAACCCAUCACUCGAAUCGUUGGUGUGUAAUAUUACACGUGUACCAUUUAGAGGUGCAACAUGUAGCGAUGCAGCUGGUAGUGAGUAUGAAUACUCGUAUCUCAUGGAUCUCUUGUCCAACAGCUCAUUACAAACCACCGGUGAGUUGUGGGAUGAUCAAUUAGGAUCACCCUUUUUCAACUUUAUCGAUCCGUCAGACAGCAACCUCUACCAAGUUUGGUAUGAUAACCCAGAGUCGCUGUCUAUCAAGGUUGCUAUUGCUUCAAAGCUUAAUCUGCGUGGUUUGGCUGUUUGGAAUGUUGAUUUCCUCGAUCUUCAAAAUCAACCAACGCAAACAAAUAUGAUGUGGCAAGUAAUGGCUAAUUUCUUUACUCAUCAUACUAGUAGUAAUAGUGAUCUUUAA